AUGUCUGAGAAAAAGAGACUAUCAGUAAAGAAAAAUAAAGAAAGUCAAAGAAAAGCUAUUUUGAAAUAUUUUCGUGCAGAAACAUAUUCAACAGGUACUGAUUCUGCUACUGAAAGCGAUAGCGGUGUGAGUAAAAAAUCUAAAAUGAUAGUUGACGAUAAUACUGUUAAUAAUGCUAAUAUUUCCAAUCAACAAAACGAAGUUGUAAAUAUCAAUGAAAACCAAAUUUAUCUACCUGAAGCAACUCCUGCUGUUAAUAUUUCAAGACAAAUUGAAACUGAAACUCAAAUUAGCCUAUUAUCAUCUGCAGACUACAGUGACCCUGCAAAUUGGCCUACUCAUUUUAGUGACCAUUUUCGGCAAUUUGUUAUAAAAAAUAGACCGCAACAAAUUGAAAAAUAUAACUUUCCACGAGAUCGAGAUGAACAAAAAAGAAAAUUUUCAUCAAUCUAUUACAAGCGGACAUUACCAAAUGGAGAAGAAGUCUCUCGUUCUUGGCUUAUAUAUUCAGUUUCAAAAAAUGUAGUUUUUUGUUUAUGUUGUAAAUUAUUUGGUAAAAGCAAAAGUAGUUUGCCGGCUUUAGAAGGUUCAGGUUUAAACGAUUGGAAGAAUAUUGGAGCACUUCUUUCUUCUCAUGAAAAAAAAAAAACCAUUGAUCAUAUUAACCAACAAAAAAUUAAUGAAAAAGAACAAUAUUGGCAACGAAUUUUAGAAAGAUUAAUUCCCUUAGUCAGAGUACUGGCUACGCAAAACUUGGCAUUUCGUGGAACAAAUGAAAAGCUUUACAAUAACGCCAAUGGCUGCACCCCAGAUAAUAGUCAUUCAGAACAAAUGACAAUAAUAAUUCGUUUUGUUGAUUUAGAAUCACCAACAUCGCAUGAUGGGGAUUUAUUUAAAUUAAAGAACAUUUCUUAG